AUGGCUAGUUGGCAAGUGCUCUUCGACGGCUCUGUCUACACUCGCGCUGCAUACCAUUCCACUCGCUCUCUGUUCGACGAGGAGGCACUUGCGAUUUGCGAUGGUGAAGACAUCGCCAAUCUAUUGGCUAUUGUCCAUCCGCUCAUGUCGAGAUACUGCCGUUCUCUUGACGACGGCGUGCAAGAAACUCAAUGCGACCUUCGCGUGCGUAAAUCUCUUUACAACGCGUGGGCCGUUUUGAGUACCGACCAUGCCAACUCCGCUUGGGAUGAGUGGAUGCUCGAGGCGCCUGAAGGCGACGAGGAUUAUUAUCUCCCAGUGGAUUGUCUUACUGGGGACUUCGUCAUGACUCCGUUGAGUAAUGACGAACUCCUUCAAGUUCUCCCUGCAAUCUGUGAUGCGCCUGUCAGGGCAAACCCUUUUCCAGCUUCAUCUACUCCUGUCGCUAGUCGUCAUCCAUCGCCCGUUGACGAGGAGUCUGACCGAGAGGACUCUCCCAUCUUUAAACGUCGUAGAGGCGUUCUCGCGUCGCCAGGCCUCAUGAAGUUUACGCCUUCGCUGCUGGACAGUCCUCCCGCUGCCGGCCACUCUCGUACUUCUGCUACUCCAGCAACUGGUUCUGCUGACACGCCAAUUCCUAUUUCUUUAUCUCCUACGCCGCCGCUUGGUAUCUUGCCGCCUAUCGCAUCUUUUCCAGCACCGCCUGCCAACGCCUCUUCGAUCCUCGCAGUCCCCCGCCUCAACAUUCCUAAGGUGGAGAUGCACACGCGUCGUGAUCGCCCUGCAAAAGCUAUUGCCAAAAUGAAGAACACUCUCGUGCUUGCUCCAAGCACGAAAUCUAAGGCCAGCAAACGCAAACGGAGUCCCAGUGAGGAAGGAGAGGAUGAGCAAUCGGACAAGUCGUUCGUUGCUAGUCCUCCUCCUCGUAAACGUGGACGGCCCCGUAAAAGCGCGCCAGAGGUCAUUAACCCCGAGCUAACUCGUGAUAAGCAAAGGCUCUUACCUCCUCAUGAGCGUUUCAUAGGGGCGUUCAACGUCCCCACCGACUUGGAGCAUCUUUUCAACAAACCAUUCAUCCCCGAGCCUUGCGUUCAAUGCUCGAUGGGCAAAAACCGAAAGGAGGAGAAAUGUCAGUUUCAAGGCUGGGGUUACCCCUGUGUGCCUUGUACUACUGCGCAUUUCACCUGCUGUGAAUUCAGCUUGAAACCUGUUCGUCGUGCUGAAGUCCGCGGUAUCUUGGGACGUCGCCCUGUUCGCUUGGCUCCGGAACUCAUUAUUUCUCAUGUCCAAGACGCUAUAUUCGAUCAACAGCACAUCCGCGCACAACACGCGAUCCUUGACUCCCUCAUGUAUCGUCGGGAUACCAACAUGCGCCGCGCUGCUCGAGCGCUCUUUGACCUCGCUGUUCUCGAAGGCCGUGAAAACUUGGUUGGAACCAUUUUUCAGACUCAAGAGGACCUCGACCACUACUUUCCUUUCUUUAUGAACUAUCUUGGCGAUCUUGCCAAUCCCUCCGAUGGCGAGGCUGCCAAAGACUCCCUCGACAAUCUGGCAGAGAUGGCCGUUCUGUUUGAGAAGAUCUGCCCUGGUCGUCCUCCUACCGAUGAUUCUGACGAGGACGACGAAGACGAUCAAGACAAUGAAAGCGAGGCCCCGGCCAACGAUGGGUGA